AUGCUGAAGACAAGGAGCGUCCAGUCCAUCUGCGCAUCAUGUCGUCUCAAUAUCGCAAUUUCGCGCGCCCGUAGCGCACGAUUACCAUUGAGGACUCAAUCCGUACCGCUACAAGUCCGAUCGGCCGCUUCACGAGGCUUCGCGCCACAGCGAACAUUUUCGACAACACCUGCGAAGAGAGAUUUGGACCGAGAAACCAAGGAAAAUGUCCCACAUUCUGAGGAUGCACCUCCUUCUCCAACCGAAGCACUCAAUUACGAAGUCAACGCGCGGAGGGCGAGGCAGCAAUUCGGAGAUAUCUUGCCCAGGGACCAUCUAAGUGCGGAAGAAUACACGGUCUACGAGAGACUUUACGGAGAGCCCGUGUUUGUCGACCCAACAAAAGAAAAUCAGGGACUCGACACAGUAGCUGAGGAAGAAAUCAUUCAAGAAGAACGGCCUGAUGGCACUACGGUUUUGUUAAGGAGGACAAAAGAUGGCGAGCUGGAGGAGAUUGAGAUUGUCGCUGAGAACGACGCUCUUGAGGAGGAAGACGCAGAGGCUACUGAGAUGGCCGACGAGACCAUGACACCAGAGGAGUGGGAGGCACGCAGAGAGGAAGAAUUGCAGACAUACCACGAUGACGUCUAUGAGCAGAGCCGAAUACAACAUGAGGAAGCAGAGGCUUGGGAGGACGUAGAAGAGUCACAGGAGGACGGUGAUUUCAUGCGCGCCCAUCCUUUGACUAUUGCUGGCCGCUUCAAGCCUUCACCUUCAACCGUGUUCUUGCCCAAAGAAACCUUGGUGGACCCCACUGCUCUUCUCCUGACCCGUGCCAAUCACAAGCACCUUGCGGAAUCUGCAAACCGAAUUUUCGGUGGACGGGGUCUGCCCAACUCGGCCAGCACGGCUCCAGCACGCUUGGGCAAUGAACAAAAACCAAUUCCGCUUGAUCCUUCGCAGUCGGACAUGGGCAACAUCGAAGCUGAUGCAUACAUGGCAUCUGUUCAACCAGGAACGUAUGCGAGUGUCAUGAGUGCCAUGGUCGAGGUCCGACGGCGACUUGGGACUGGAUGGUUAGAGCAUAUGCUGCAGAACAAGAAGGGUGGUACCAUCCUAGAUGCUGGUUCAGGAGGUGUUGGUGUGCUCGCGUGGCAUGAGAUGCUUGAGGCGGAAUGGCAGCGCAUGCAUGAGGAAUCAGGGAACACUUCACACGGCGCUACCCCACUAGGCAAAGCGACUGUUCUGACUGCGUCUGACACACUUCGCCACCGCGCCAGCAAGCUAUUGGAAAACACUACAUUUAUUCCUCGUCUCCCAGAGACCGUGACACCCGAAGAUGAAGCCAACACGCAACAGCCACGGAAGUUCUACGAUGUUAUCAUUGCUCCACACACGCUUUGGCCUCUGCGGCAAGACUAUCUGCGCAAAGAACAGGUCGAGAAGUACUGGUCUUUGCUUAAUCCCAAGGGCGGUGUUUUGAUUCUCAUUGAAAAGGGACUGCCGCGAGGAUUCGAAGUCGUUGCUGGCGCUCGUGCUUAUUUACUGGACAAGCACAUUGCCUCACCCGGUUCAGAAACCAUUGAACGAUCCGUUGAGUCUCAAGUGUCGCAUCCAGACGAAGAAACCAGGUUUACCGAAAAAGAGGUUGGUAUGAUUGUUGCACCAUGCACGAACCACAGCACAUGCCCCAUGUAUCAGUCUACCGGUGUUUCUCAAGGACGCAAGGACUUCUGUUUCUUCAGUCAACGUUACAUUCGACCACCAUACCUUCAACGUAUUCUGAAUGCCAAAGACAAGAACCAUGAAGACGUCCAGUUCAGCUACCUCGCUGUUCAACGUGGACGCGACCAGCGUCUCCCCCAGCACGACAUUCUCGGCAAGGGUUUUGUUCAAGGAGAAUCAUCGACGGCAGCUGCUUUUGAAGGCCAUGAAUGGAAGGCUUCAGACGCGGAUCCAGAUCUAGCAACAGAAGAGCCUGUAUUGACAUCGACAGCCGACGUCAAUCCACUUACACUCCCUCGACUCAUCCUGCCUGCCCUCAAGCGACGAGGUCAUAUUAUAUUGGACGUGUGCACACCAGCUGGUACACUAGAGCGCUGGACAGUUCCCCGAUCUUUUAGCAAGCAGGCCUUCCGCGAUGCGCGAAAAGCCAGAUGGGGCGACUUGUGGGCACUUGGCGCAAAGACACGUAUUCCGCGCAGUGUGCGUCUGGGACGUCCAAGUGACGAGUUCGACAAGAAGGGCAGAAAGGUCAAGAAGGCCAAGCAGGUGACUAUUGAGAUUGGCAUUGGUGAAAAGGACGGCAGGACGGUGGAAGAAGGACCUGCCAAGAUCCUGGGCAAAGGAGGAAGAAUGCUGGUCGGUGACCGUGACGGACGAUAUACGAGCGAUCGAAAGAUUCGGGGAAGCAAGGGCAGGAAAGGAAGGAAGAAGCAGAUUGGCCAGGACUAUGAUGUUUUGGACGACAUGUAA